AUUGGGUUUGUUGUUGUGUUAUUUUUUUGAACAAUACUGUAGACGAUCAUUGAGUGGAAUGUUUUUAGUUAUUAACAAAUAGUCAAAAAGAAAGAUGCAGCGCCUUAGAACUCUGACGCAACUGAAAAAUACUUUGCUAUCACCCACAUUUCGCACAUACAGCGUAUCAUCGACAUUGCCGGAAUUAACGCAGGUACAAUUUAAUGUCAAGCGUGGCAAUUAUGCCGAAUUAAAUGGCAAAGAUGUGACCUUUUUUGAGUCGUUAAUUGGCACCACGAAUGUUUUAAAGGACGGUGAAGAUGACUUACAAGGUUACAAUACGGACUUUUGGCGUACUGUGCGUGGUAACAGUAAAUUGGUGCUUAAACCCGGCUCAACUCAGGAAAUUUCCGAAAUUUUAAAAUACUGCAAUGACAGACGUUUGGCUGUUUGUCCCCAGGGUGGAAAUACCGGUGUAGCGGGUGGAUCUGUGCCAGUAUUUGAUGAAAUUAUUCUUUCUUUAGCUCGUCUAAAUAAAAUCAUUAGUAUUGAUGAUAUAACGGGUAUCACAGCCUGUGAAUCUGGUUGUAUAUUGGAAAAUUUGGAUGCUAAAACUAGAGAAUCCGGACUAAUAGUGCCACUUGAUUUGGGAGCUAAAUCAAGUUGCCAUAUCGGUGGAAAUGUAUCAACUAAUGCUGGUGGUUUGCGUGUUGUUCGUUAUGGUAAUUUGCAUGGUUCUGUGUUAGGACUGGAGGCUGUAUUGGCUGAUGGAAAAGUUUUAGAUCUUAUGUCAGAUUUCAAAAAAGACAAUACUGGUUAUCAUCUAAAGCAUUUGUUCAUAGGCUCAGAGGGUACUUUAGGUGUGGUUACCAAAUUGGCCAUUUUAUGUCCACCUGUAUCUGAAUCUGUUAACUUGUCAUUCUUGGCUCUUAAUUCAUUCGAAAGUGUUUUGGAGACAUUUAAAAAUGCUAAACGUCAUUUGGGUGAAAUAUUAUCCUCCUGUGAAAUGAUUGACGAGAAGUCUUUAGCAGCUAGCUGUGAAAAUUUCAAUUUCAAGUCCCCCAUUACGGGAUUUCCCUUCUACAUGAUCAUCGAAACAUCUGGCAGUAAUGCUGAUCACGACAUGGAAAAACUUAAUAAUUUCUUGCAACACUGUAUGGAGAAAGGUGAUGUAAUCGAUGGAACGUGUACUAGCGAACCAAGUAAAAUGUUAGAAUUAUGGAAAAUUCGUGAAUUAAUUGCACCGGCUUUAGAUAAAGAUGGAUAUUGUUUUAAAUAUGACAUAUCUCUGCCCUUACGUUCCUUUUAUGAAAUUGUCAAUGUUCUUGAUAAACGUGUCGGUCAUAUGUCAAAACGUGUUUGUGGUUUUGGUCACUUGGGGGAUUCAAAUCUGCAUCUUAAUGUUUCAUGUGAGGAAUAUUCGACUGAACUAUAUAAAAUGAUUGAACCAUUUGUCUACGAAUACACAUCCCAGCUAAAGGGCAGUAUAAGUGCUGAACAUGGCAUUGGUUUCCUCAAGAAAAACUAUUUGAAAUUUUCUAAAAAUCCAGAUGCUAUAGAUAUGAUGAGAAAAAUGAAACAAGUUUUAGAUCCAAAUUGUAUAUUGAAUCCUUAUAAAGUUAUAGAUUAAUUAUACGUUAAUUUUGUAUUAAUAAAUCAGUAAAGAACAGAACAAGUAUUUUGACAAUAAUGAAAAA